GGUUACGAAAUGUUUCUACGCGCGCGUUUGGCUCUUCUGAGCCUUCUCUUCCUGACGGUCUCCGGUCAGAAGAGUAAGGUCCGAAAUGAUCGGCCUCAAGGCAGGACCCUGGGACUAUUGACGCCUCUUUUACUGGGUGGUGGGGGACCGCUCUUCGAUGUACCCCUGCCUGCAGGACCACCCAUCGGACCAGGUGGCGGAUCCUCUUCUGCAGCCGGAGGAGGCACGCAAUCGGACUCCUACUACGGCGGCGGCUAUCCAAGCUACGGGUACAGACCCAACUACGGAUACGGAUAUCCCAGUUACGGCUAUAACUCCGGAUACCCGGGCUUUGGCUAUGGCUACGGCCAGAACUACUACAGACCCAACUACUACAACUACGGUGGAUACCAGAGACCGCAGUCGUAUUAUGGAUACCGACCCACUUAUAGCUCCAUUGGAACUGGCGCAUCUGGCGGAUAUCCCUCGUACAGCAGUUCAGCUGCCGUCUCGAGCUCUCCUACAACAUCGGGAGCAGGCGCAGUGUCUGCAGGGGGAACCCCACAGCUGUCCACCGCUCAGCAGGCCCAGUUAGCCGGCAUUUUGGGCCAGGCCCUUGGCAGUAGUCUACGCCCUCUUCUCGCCAAUGGGGGCGGGGCAGCUGGAGCGACAGGAGCGGGCGCGAAUCCGCAAGCCCUGAGCGGUCUACUCAGUCUUCUGGGCUAGGCCGUAAAUAUAUCAGU